GGCAAACUCGCCUAGCAGUCAACCAAACCAUCGACCAUCGGAACUCCAACAAAUCAACAUUUCCUCUAGAAUUAUCAAAUUCUUACCCAUCGAUUGAGGGUCCGCAUAUCCCAACUGAUAACUUGAUACCACAAUCUUCAUUGCACCACACCGGGAGAGCUUGUUUUGCACUGCAGCAAGGACCCAGUUGGUCCAGAAUCAUUCUACCAAACCCUAAACCCCAUCCUUGAACACCCCCAAACAUGUCGACCCUCGAAGAGCUCGACGACCUCGACCGUCAGGAGCGCGAGGACAAGGAUAAGAAGGAUGGCAAGAAGGACGGCGGCAAAGACGACAAGAACAAGUCUGGCGAUGGCGACGAUGAGAUGAAGGAUGCGGAGCCCGAGGAGGAUGACGUCCUCGACGAGGAGAUUUUGAGCCUCAGCACACAGGACAUCCUGACCCGGAGGCGGCUGCUGGAAAACGACUCGAGGAUCAUGAGGAGCGAAUACCAGCGGCUCUCUCACGAGAGGCAGACGAUGCAAGAAAAGAUCAAGGACAACCUGGAAAAGAUCGCAAACAACCGUCAACUUCCUUACCUGGUCGGAAACGUUGUCGAGCUUUUAGAUCUUGAUCCAACAGCCGAGUCGUCGGAGGAGGGCGCCAACAUUGACCUGGACGCCACGCGGGUCGGCAAGUCAGCAGUCAUCAAGACGUCCACAAGACAGACGAUAUUCCUACCUCUGAUUGGCUUGGUCGACCCAGCAACCCUCAAGCCGGCUGAUCUGAUCGGUGUGAACAAGGACUCGUACCUCAUCCUCGACACACUGCCCGCAGAGUAUGACAGCAGAGUCAAGGCCAUGGAGGUAGACGAGAAGCCCACUGAAAAGUACAGUGACGUCGGUGGUCUUGACAAGCAGAUUGAGGAGUUGGUGGAGGCUAUUGUCUGGCCCAUGAAGGAGGCAGAGCGCUUCAAGAAGAUUGGCAUCAAGGCACCCAAAGGUGCACUGAUGUACGGCCCUCCUGGAACCGGAAAGACGCUCCUGGCUCGUGCGUGCGCGGCCCAGACGGACGCAACCUUCCUCAAGCUCGCCGGUCCCCAGCUGGUACAGAUGUUCAUAGGAGAUGGCGCCAAGCUGGUGCGUGACUGCUUUGCCCUCGCCAAGGAGAAGGCACCGUCCAUCAUCUUCAUAGACGAGCUGGAUGCCGUAGGAACGAAGCGUUUCGACAGCGAGAAGUCAGGUGACCGUGAGGUGCAGAGGACCAUGUUGGAGCUGCUCAACCAGUUGGACGGUUUCGCAUCCGACGACCGCAUCAAGGUGCUGGCGGCGACCAACCGUGUCGAUGUCCUGGACCCUGCCCUGCUGCGUUCCGGACGUCUUGACCGCAAGAUUGAAUUCCCGCUCCCCAAUGAAGAAGCGCGGGCGCAAAUUCUCAAGAUUCACAGCCGAAAGAUGCGUUUCGACCCAGCAGUCAACUGGGGCGAGCUGGCACGGAGUACCGACGAGUUUGGUGGUGCCAUGCUGAAGGCUGUUUGCGUCGAGGCCGGCAUGAUUGCACUUCGUAUGGGCAAGAACAAGAUUGGGCACGAGCAUUAUGUGGACGCCAUCGCCGAGGUGCAGGCCAAGAAGAAGGAUACUGUCAACUUCUACGCGUGAUUUUUGCAUAUGGUACAUGCGACGAUUUCGUUGUUGAAAAGGGACUCUGUGCUUGGAUUCAUGGCUCACGCAGCUUCUUCUCUUUCUCGGCUGCAUAGAGCUAGCAGACUUGGGACAUAGAUUAUGGCACAGGAAUGAUACCGCGGACAUGAUAGACGACGUUGACUAAUUCCUCUUUAACCUUUUUUUUGGUGAUGUAUUAGUAAAAGCGGUAUCGUGUGGACUCUUUGAAGCGAUUUCACCGGAUUCCGCGGGCUGUUACAGCCGAGGCAUUGCGCACAGGGAGCCAUCAAUGCGUGAAUUGUUUUGUUUCCCUUCAG